AAGAGGAAUGAUAACACAAGGGAUUUUUAAGAAAGGGAGAUGAAUGUUUGGGGCGAAGAAGAUGAUGUUUGGAAGUUGAGUUACGAUGAGUACUCAAAGAAGAUACUUUAAACUUCCUAAGAGGAUAAACUCCACCAGUAUGUCAAAAAUACCUAUUGAAAAGCCAAAAACGAGCUUAAUCAGAUCUUUCGGAACCAAUUUGGCUGCAGAGAAGCCUCUCAGAUCGACCACAAUUAGCUUUACCAAGGAAUGUACACAGAAGUUUGAAUACGCAAAUGCAGCAUCCCGGAAUCAUCUCGUAACAGGAUAUCCAAGACUGAUCUCCUCUAUUUUCGAUAAAAUUUCCGAGCAUUUUGACAUUGAGCCUACUGAAAUAGAAGGCGCUAGGAUAAAAAUCCUAUGAAAUCCAGCAGAGAGUGAGGCAAGUUCAGACGAUAUUGUGAGUUUGGCUCCAAAAGAGAGUCGACUCCUCGGAACCACUUUGUUUCUCUCAUCAACCAAAGCAAAUGCUACAGCCCAGAUGAUUUAUUGUGGGGAAAAUUUCGAAGAUGAUCCUUCAACUGCAGAUUUGUCUCUCAAUGAAAUUUCUGAAAUAUUCUCCCAAACCUUUGCUCUGAAAGCUUCAAGAACAGUUAUAAUAAACGCAUGAGUUGCAGGAAGAGACAGGAUUGACCAAAUAGCUAUGAAGCACAUCCUAGGAGAGGAUAGCCCCCAUUGUAUGUACAUAUCUGUUUUCGGUGAGCCAGCCAAAAUAACUGAAAGCAUCUAUAAUUUUUCAGAUCUAAUCAAAUAGUCUAUCUUGAU